CUGUGUCUGAUUUCGAUGGAGAAGAUGACAACUUCAUGGACUGUGGAUCUUCCCUUCCAUCUCUGAUUGCAAUUUGCAGACAACCUACGGCCUUCAACUGAGAAUCUAAACUUCUCCGUCUUUCUCCGGUGCGGUGCCGGCUCAGCUGCGACCGAUUAGGGUUCCGAAUUAUGGAGUGAAUGUAAAGAGCUUUUGUUGCAGCACGGUGGUUGAAGAGUUGGAUUGCUGUAGACCGCGAUGAACGUGAGCCGGCCAUCGGUGCAUCCAGUGGAAGCGCCGCCGCUGACGGAUGGAGCGGCACACAAUGCGCCGAGAGUCAGGAUGAAGGAUGUGCACGGCAUGCCUGGUACACUAGGUGGACUUGCUCUCCGUCUCCUUCAGUUCAUUUUUGCUGCAGUUUCUCUCUGUGUUAUGGCCACCACCAGUGACUUCCCGUCCGUCACGGCGUUUAAAUAUCUUGUUGCUGCUGUAAGCUUGCAAUGCUUGUGGAGCUUUUUAUUGGCAGUAGUUGAUGCAUAUGCCUUAUUAGUUAGACGAAGCUUGCGGAACUGCACAAUAGUUGGUUUGUUCACUGUCGGUGAUGCGAUUACAUCCACCCUUACAUUUUCUUCUGCAUGUUCAUCAGCUGGGAUUACUGUCCUCAUUGGCAAUGAUCUUGAUAAGUGUGGUGUAAACCACUGCGUGCAGUUCGAGUCCGCCACUGCAAUGGCCUUCCUUAGCUGGUUUGCUGUUUCACCUUCAUUUCUCUUGAACUUCUGGUCACUGGCUUCUCGGUGAGAUUCCACUGCGAAAAAGUGUGCUUCUUUUAGUUUUCUUUUUGUGACAUCUCAUACUUUUUGCUUCUUAAUUAUAUAGCCCAAGUUUGGAAAUUUUGAUGUACAUAUGUAGAUUUUUGCUGGGUUUGAUUGAGAAAUGAGAUAAUAACCAACAGCGAAUAAAAUCACUUCAUUUCGAUGAGAAA